AACCUACUUCACAUUUCUUCUUCUUCUCCGAUGACUGCUCUCUCACUCUCACUCUCACUCACACUCACAUCAUUACCUUCCUUCUACGCGCUUCCCUCUACUACGUGCAAAUCACGCGCCUCUCCACCUGGUAUCACCGCCUAUCUGUCUCUUUCCAGAAGACCGGAGCUUCUUCGACAAGAUCGCCGGCGAUCAAUUGAAGCCAUGUCCCGUGAUAUCAGCGGUUCCGAUUCGCCGAAGGCGAUCGAAUUGGUAGAUGAAUCUGAUUUCGAAAAGCUUCUCUCAUCGGAUAAUCGGAUCUCCAUCACUGGCUUCGGUUCUCUUCUCUCCGAGAGAAGCGCGAGGAGUACUUUCCCGGAUUUGGAGAAUUUCAGAACCGCGAAACUUGAAGGAUUCCGGCGAGUAUUCGCCCACUCUGCUCCGAUCUUCUUCGAGCGCGGGAUCGCAAAUCCUGAAACCAAGGAGAUCUCAAGCUUGAGUGUAGAGCCAUGUGAAGGAGAGAGUCUUGUAGUGAGUGUCUUUGAGAUAAACAGAACAGAGAUUCCGGCUUUCAUACAAAGGGAGCUAGAGUUCCGGUUUCUUGCUGUUGUUCCUGAAACAAUGGAAGGCAAACCUUUCACCAAUUCUGCGGUACUUUGUGGUCGAUACAGUGAUGAGGACUUUUUCCGAAUUAGAUGCAAAGGAAACAAAGAGACUUACUUUCACCAUUACGGAAGAUUCAACAUUGAUAAGAUAUGGCGGGACGACAUCUUACCUUGUCGUCUCUAUCUAAGACACUGUGUAUUGGCAGCUAAGAAUCUGGGAGAUGAAGCUUACAAUAACUUUCUUGAUCACACAUUCUUGGGAGAUAGAAGAACAACCAUCAGAGAGUAUUUAAGCAGCAGGGGUUCUGGAAUCAUGGAAGAAGAACCACCUGAGGCUCUCAAGUCCAGAUAUGGCGGUUGAUUUAAAAAAAAAAAAGAAAAAAAAAACAAUAAAGAAGAUGACUACACUUCACUUUAUUCUUCUAUCAAACUUUUUAAAUCACUGUUUUUGAAAAUACAGCUAUCGAGAUAUAAAACUGGAAAUAUUUUAUGUGU